CGCUUUCCGCUCGUCACUACACGCGGCUCAGGAGGCGUCACCUCCUCCUCCUCCUCCACAGCCGAGCAAGGGCAGAAUGGGCGAGCUGCCGUGACGACGCGACCCCGACUUUAACCUGGGGGUGACGGGCGGGCGGGGAGCAGGAGAGACCACCAGGGCGUCCAGAAGGAAGAGCAAAGCGGCAGAGAGAGAGAGAGAGACUUCGUGGAGAGCCGGCGAUAUCUAAAGGACCCACGCGGGCCGGACGAGGUGAUUCGGCAUCCAGCCAUGGGGAACGCAGGGAGCGUGGACGCCCUGCAGGGCAGCGCUGCCCCGGAGCCCCGGGUUCUCCAUGGGCAGCCGCCUCCUCGCCUGCCCAUGCCCAGCGAGGAGGAGCUGGAGAUGCGCUUCGCUGCCGUGCUGAAUUCUAUGAACCUGCCACCGGACAAAGCACAGCUGCUGCAAGAUUACGACGUCGAGAAGAAAUGGGAGCUCGUCUGCGACCAGGAGCGAUUCCAGGUGAAGAACCCGCCGCACACCUACAUCCAGCAGCUCAAGAGCCACAUGGAGUUCAGCAUGGCUCGCAAGUUCAAGAGGCGAGUGCAAGAGUCGACGCAGGUGUUGCGCGAGAUCGAAAUCUCUCUGCGCACGAACCACAUUGGGUGGGUGAGGGAGUUUCUGAACGAGGAGAACCGGGGACUGGAUGUGCUCGUGGAUUACCUGUGCCACACGCAGAGCUCCGGCACCUACGACGAUGCCGCCGCGGCCACCACGGACAGCGGCGCGACGCCGUCGAUGGCCGAGAGGCAGAAGUCGCUGGACGGCGCCGUCGACGAGGACGCGGAGCACGAAUCCAGCGGCGGCGGCCUCACCUCCGCCGCCAGCAGCGUGUCCCGCGCGGCCAAGCAACUGCUGCUGCGGCACAACACGCUCAACCGCCGGUGGACCUUCCGCAACCAAAAGGCCGUGAGCCAGGAUGACGUCCACGUGUGCAUCAUGUGCCUGCGUGCCAUCAUGAACUACCAGUCUGGCUUCAACCUGGUGAUGUCGCACCCAAGCUGUGUCAACGAGAUCACGCUGAGCCUCAACAACAGGAGUCCCAGGACGAAGGCCCUGGUGCUGGAGCUCCUGGCGGCUGUCUGCCUCGUCCUGGGAGGUCACAGCAAGAUCCUCGCCGCCUUCAGCAACUUCAAGGAGUCGUGUGGAGAGAAGAAUCGCUUCGAGAGGCUCAUGGAAUACUUUGGAACGGAGGACAACAACAUUGAUUUCAUGGUGGCCUGCAUGCAGUUCAUCAACAUCGUGGUGCACUCCGUGGAGGACAUGAACCUGCGCGUCCACCUGCAGUACGAGUUCACCGAGCUGGGCCUGGACGGCGUCCUCGAGAGCCUGAAGGAGACGGAGAGCGAGCGGCUGCUGAUGCAGAUCCAAGCGUACCUGGACAACGUGUUCGACGUGGGCGCCCUGCUGGAGGACGCCGAGACACGCACCGCCGCCCUGGAGCACGUGGACAGCCUGGAGGACCAGAUCGCCAGCGUGACGCGGCACAUGGAGGAGAAGGAGCUCGAGGCUAUGGCCAGGAUAGCAGAGCUGGAGAAACAGCUGAUGCACGGUGCCAGCGCGCUUAAUAGCAUCGAGGGGCUGUACAGGGAUGCCAGCAGCCGCAUCCAUGAGCUGGAGAGCCUUCUGAAAGACACGACCCUGCAGCUGGAGGUGUCGCGAAGCCAGAAGUUGCAGGCCCAGAUGGUGGUGGUCCCGGCCGCCAGAAACGCAGACGAGAAGUCACUACCCGCGUCAGACUCAACGGGGGGCACGGGAGGUGGCACCCAGCCGGGACUGCCCCACCUCACCUGCUCUCUGGUGGACCAAGAGCUCUCGAACUCUCACCCAGAAGAUGAAUCACCUCCACGUCCUCAAGGAGGCCCGCAUGCUCCUCCAUUGUGUCGCCCAGUGGCGCCUCCUCCUGCACCUCCAGCACCACCUCUCCCAGGAGGGUCUGUGGCACCCCCACCGCCACCUCCUCCUCCUCCACCGCCCCCACCUCCUCCAUCGGGACAAGGCAUUCCUCCACCUCCUCCUCCGCCUCCUCCACCAGGCGGCAGCAUUCCCCCUCCGCCGCCGCCGCCGCCUCCACCAGGCGGAGCUCUGCCACAGGGAACAGGCAACGCUGCUGCAGGAUACAAGAUGAAAAAGCCCAUCGUCACCAAGAUGCGCAUGCAGGCCUUCAACUGGGUGGCUCUGCAGAGUAGCCAAGUAGACGGCACCAUCUUCCACGAGCUCGAGGACGAGAAGGUGCUCGGGGAGCUGAACGUGGGCGAGUUCGAGGAGCUGUUCAAGACGAAGGCGCAGGGCGGCGGCCCGAGCGCGGCGGCCGGCGGCGGCGGCGGCUCGGCCGGCCGCGCCAAGCCCGUGGCCAAGGCCCCCAGCUCAAGCGUCAGCUUCAUGGAGGCGAACCGCGCCCGCAACGUGUCCAUCACGCUGCGCCGUGCGGGGAUGCCCACCGAGGACAUCCUCACGGCCAUCGAAGGCUUCGAGGUGUCGCGCCUCUCGCUGGACUUCGUCGAGUGCCUGACGCGGCAGCUGCCCUCGGAGGCGGAGGUGCUGCGCAUGCAGCAGUACGAGCGCGACGGGAAGCCGCUGUCCGAGCUGGCCGAGGUGGACCGCUUCAUGCUGCGACUGAGCGCCGUGCCGCGCCUGCCGCAGCGGCUCUCCGUGCUCGUGUUCAUGGGCAACUUCGAGGAGAGCGUGCAGCGUCUCACGCCGCAAGUGAAUUCCAUCAUUGCCGCGUCGCGCUCCCUCAAGUCGUCACUGAAGUUGAAAAAGAUUUUAGAGAUCAUCCUGGCGUUUGGGAAUUACAUGAACAGCAGCAAGCGGGGGGCGGCGUACGGCUUCAAGCUGCAGAGCCUCGACCUGCUGCACGAGACGAAGUCGAUGGACCGGAAGCAAACGCUCCUGCAUUACCUAGCGUCGGUCAUCCACAGCAAGUACCCGGAGGCGGGCAACUUCCACGCGGAGCUGCAGUUCCUGGACAAAGCAGCUGCAGUGUCCUUGGACAGCGUACUGUCGGACGUUAAGGAGUUGCAGCGGGGCAUGGAGCUGAGCCAUAAGGAGCUCGCCUCUCUGCCUGACAACGCCACCUUGCAGGACUUCCUGGCUCACAACAAGGACAAGCUGGAGCAGCUUCAGGGCGAUGCCAUCACUGCUCAGGAGGCGUACACGAGUGUGGUGCAAUAUUACGGGGAGACCACCAAGAGCAUGCCUCCCUCCACCUUCUUCCCCUUCUUCGUCAGGUUUACCGCCGCGUACAAGAAAGCAGAGCAGGACAACGAGGCCCGGGAGAAGCUCGAGAGGAUGACCAAGAAAGAGGAGCCCACGGACAACCAAGAGGAGGCGAAGCCGGAGAGCGUUACUGCCAAGAAACCUCAGAUGGACCUGAUGGCCGAGCUGAAACGGAGGCAGCAGGCGAAGGAGCGUAUCGUCUACGAAGGCAAGGACGGCGCCAUCGAGGACAUCAUCACAGAUCUGAGGAACUCGCCGUACAUCCGCACGGCGGUAGGGCGGCGCAACUCCCGCAAGCGCGACGAGGCCGGCGUGUUGGUGUCCGGUUCGGAGAUGCAGCUCUAAAGAACGGGGUGGGGGGCAGGGGGGGCGAUGGCCUCUGGUGGGCCCUGCCUGGACAGCCCUGGUGGAGGAGGAGGGGUCCUGGUGGAGGGAUCUGGAGAGCGUGAGAAGAUGUCAACUUCUUCGCCUCGUGCACGCGGCUUCGAUCCCGACGCCCGACGCCUGUAUAUUUGGAGUGUGCACGUCUCGCUCGCCGUGGAAUUUUCGCCGGGUCCUCUGUUUUUUUUUUAAACUCCACAUAUCGAAUCGACGUGCGCAGAGAGAGUAUUUUUGGCUGCUGUAAAUUUGCACGUGAUAAGCCACUUCAUUAAGCUAUCAUGUGCGGCCAGGCUGCUCCUGAAAAAAAGGUUAUAUAGCUCGGUGGGCCUUACCUGGUAAAAAAAAAAAUACAAGUUUAGUUCAGUUUUAGUUUAUUAUAAGUCAGGUGAUUGGUUGCGGGCACGGAGCUUGCUUCCAUGCCUGUACCAGAUAACAUCCCUGCCGCACUGUGACCUUCGACUGCGCGUGAUCAACUCAUUAGCCACUCGCGUCAAGCCACCACCUAAAUAGCCCAGCGUCUGAUAUCCUUAAUGAUCGGUUUAACGUCAGGUCCAAUAUCAGUCCCAGGGGUCUCGUUAAUUGCACAAUUGAGAUUGUGGCUGCAAACGGGGGGGAUGGAGGGAUGGU